UUCAUUGGCACGUUACGUAAUCUGACGAGACGACUCGCUGCGCGCACGCACUUUUGGCAGCAAGUUUAGUAGUAUCACAAAGAAUACCACAACAACACGUACGUUGUUUUUGAUAAUCUCAUUGAAUAUCGUGAUUGCGAGUCUUAUCAUUUCUUAUCAGAACACGUGCGUUUAGGACAAGAUACCGGUGCCGUGACUUAUCGUACUGCUAUUCGAAUGACCUCCUUAGUCGACUAUUUCAAUCUAUAUUUUUGUCGCGUACCUCGAGCCAAGCGGAUAAUUUGAAUGAAGGUCUAAAUCAUAAUUCUUCAUAAUGGUGCUGUGGACAAUUUUAGGAGUUAUAGUAAUAAUUGUACUUUGUGUUAAAGUGUAUCAGAAAUUGACUUGUGGAAUAUGUAAGUCCAGUGCGCACAUGGUAGGGAAGGUAGUGUUAAUUACGGGAGGGAAUAGCGGAAUUGGACUGGAAACGGCGAAAGACCUGGCAAGUCGAGGGGCGCGUGUGCUCAUUGCUUGUCGAAGCGUGAAGCGAGCGGAGGAAGCUAAGGAAGAAAUUGUCAAGUUCUCUGGCAACGCGGACGUAGACUUUUAUCAGCUCGAUUUGUCCUCGCUGCGGUCCGUGCGGGAAUUCUGUCAACAAAUUAUAAAAAAUGAGAAGCGUCUGGACGUGCUGAUUAACAACGCCGGCGCCGGCGGGCUCGGCAACUACAAGACCGAGGACGGGCUGCAGGUCGGCAUGCAAGUCAACUACUUCGCGCCCUUCCUACUGACCUGUUUGUUGCUGCCUCUUAUGAAAACCUCUGCACCUAGUCGCAUAAUAAACGUCUCCUCUCUGAUGCACAAGUACGCUGAGAUGGACUUUGAGAACUUGAAUAUGGAAAAAUACUGGAGUGAUUAUUUAGUUUAUGCCAAUAGUAAAUUGUUUCUAAUUUUAAUGACUGAAGAGCUGAGUAAGAGGUUGGAAGGCUCGGGGGUGACGGUGAACUGUUUGCAUCCGGGUGUUGCAUCGACGAAUAUUUUUCAGAACAUUCCUAGUGCUAUUGUGAGGGCUAUAGUUGGUGGAAUUGUAGGGUUUAUGUUUCAAACGGUGUGGGAGGCGUCACAGACGUCUAUUUUCCUCUCUGUGGCUCCAGAAGUGGCAACUGUUAGUGGCAAGUACUUCAGUGACUGUCGAGAAGCGAAGCCGUCCAAGUUGGCCCAAGAUCCGGAACUGGCAAAGAAACUUUUCGUUGAAUCUGAAAGACUUGUAAAAUACACAGUACCUGCUCAAUAAGUAGUGAUAAAUAGCGACUGUGACUGAAUUUAGUAUUAUAAAAAUUGGGACCGUU